GCAGCUGGCGGCCUUGUUUUCUCUUUUCUUUUUAUUUUCUGUCUUUCUUUUCUACAGGCUGGGAAGGAAGAAGAACGAGCAAGUGUGAUGGCGAAUGCGGCAUUCAAUGCAAUUCGGUCGUUACAAGAAUUUGUGGUCGGGCGAAGAGAGACAGUCAGUGCUUGGGUUCUCGACUUUACUCGCUCACACUAUGCAGCUGCGGCUUGGACUUAUGUGGCGAAAACGCGGCACUACUUCUGUCAUGGGCUUCAGGUGCUAAAACCUUCCACAACCCUGUCGUAGUAAUCUCCUACACGGCACAAUGCCGCCUCGCCUGCGCGCGCCAAGCUCAAGAAUGCUGGAGCCUCUUUUCGUCCUGGUUCUCCAACUCUCUGCUGUAUGCAUUCAAGCGCAGCUGCUCGUUGGAUUCUAUGACAGCUCCUGCCCGAGAGCCGAGAGCAUUGUGCAACAAUCCGUGAUGAUGGCGAUCCAAAGUAAUCGCCCGCUCGCAUCGCGUCUAGUUCGGCUCUUCUUCCACGACUGCUUCGUGCAAGGGUGUGACGCCUCAAUCUUGCUCGACUCAACUCCAAACAACACUGCGGAGAAAGAUAGCCGGGCGAGCGCAACCGUGGGUGGCUACGAGGUGAUUGAUGCCGCCAAGAACACGCUGGAAGCUGUGUGCCCCGGAACUGUGUCAUGCGCAGAUGUAGUAGCAUUGGCGGCCAGGGAUGCCAUAUUCUUUUCUGGAGGGCCGCACUGGGACGUUCCAACUGGACGGAGAGACGGUCUUGUUUCACAGGCUUCCGUCGUCGCCUCCAACUUACCAGAUCCAUCCUUUAACGUGGACCAGUCGACAGCAUCUUUCAGCGCCAAGGGUCUGUCUCAGUCGGACCUGGUGGUUCUUUCAGGUGAGCAAACGCGACUUGGUGGAUGUUCUCAGUUGUGUUCACUAAUCUGUGUAGGCGCUCAUACCAUUGGUUUUGCGCACUGUGGAGCGAUCAUGAAUCGCUUUAGUGCCAACGGAAGCGAUCCGACGCUGGAUCCAACGUUUGGAAAGAUGUUGGAGUCGAGCUGCCCGUCUCCCAGUCCAGACGCCACCAAGCUGCUGCCCCUGGAUGUAUUGAGCAACACCAUCUUCGACAAUGCCUACUUCGUCAACUUGCAGGCGGGGAAGGGCCUCAUGUCGUCGGACCAGGCGCUGUUUACUGAUCCAAGGACAAAGCCGCUGGUGAACGCCUUUGCUCAAAACGCAAACAGCUUCUCUGCAAACUUCCAGCUGGCUAUGGUGCGACUGGGACAGGUCCAGGUGAAGACUGGCUCGGAUGGCCAGAUUCGGAAAAACUGCCGGGCAAUCAAUUCUUAGCCAGCAACUUUGUCGCAAUUUUUUGUCGAAAAGCCACACCCUUCUUUCUGUAUAAACAUACAUCUCAUGCGAAUCGUUCGUUGACAA